AUGGCACUGGUCAUGUCUAUGCUACGACUGAUGCAGAGCUCGCGGCCGUAUGGGGUUUUCAUUAGCCACCACAAGCGAGCCGCCGGUACACUCGCACGGUGGUUCAAGAUCAUGCUCUCAGAGAAAAUGAACGAGAGGAUAUUCCUGGAUUCCGAUGAUGUAGAAUAUCUGGAGACAAUUAUUGACAUCACCAGCGCCGGCACAGAGAACCUCUUGGUACUCAUAACAUCCGAGACACUUUCUCGCGUCUGGUGCGCCGCCGAGGUGUCAAGCGCGUGGUCUUCGGGCACAAACAUUGUCUUGGUGGCUUGCGACGGCUGUGGAGUGACUCACGAGGAUAUAGAAGCGAUUCCGAGCGUAUGGACUGAAGAGCAGCGGACGACUCUGACAAACAUCGGAGUAUCCUUCCAAAGUGUCAAGGAUGCUUACCUGGGAUUGCUCGCCAAGCCUGUAGUCACUUUAGACAGACGCGGGGCCGACCUUCAGGAGCACGAGCUGGCAGCGCAGCGUGUGUUGGGAUUGUGCACAGGCAUCUCGCGAAAUCUUGCCCGCAUGAUAUCACCUGGAACAAACUCCAACGACUUGGCCUCUUUUGACAACCCUGGUCUCGUCAUGCUGGGAGAUAUCCAAGGAUCAGAGCAAGGCAGUUGUUGCCGGGUGAUACAACUGCUGCUGCAGAGGCAGCUGGAGGAACAGAUUUGUCUAUUGAAUCCAGAUUUGGCAGCGCUGGACAUGAAAAGCUUGCACAUCAUCGUAAAGGGCGCGAAAGCAGUUCUCGUCAUCCUCACGCAAGGCAUUCUUGAACAUGCGCCUUUCGCAGCUUGCCUGACUGCAUGCGCAGUUUCGGACGCCGAGCUCAUUCCUGUCAGGGCGGAUGAGUCGUUUUUGUACCCGGACCCAUUGUUCUGGGAGAACUUGGUCGCGGAAACCUUUUUUACUGAAAGAUACUUGGCCUCAUGUGGCACAGAACUGGCAACCGUCAAAGCCACCUACACACUCCUCUUCAACAUGCUUGCCUUGAAGUUUACAUCGCAUGGCACAGAGUCCAUCCAGACAACUGAGAUCCAUCUGAUGUGUGGUAGGAUUCUACCCUUGAUGCGACCUGACGCGCAACCUCCAAGCAUUCAGGUCUCAAAGUCCUUUAAGCGGAACUCCGGCCGCGAGUCCAGGCGCGACAGCAUUCGCAUUUCCAUCCGCGAAUCCUUCCGCCGGAACACCUCCAAGAGAGACAGUGAAUCAACCCAUGGGACCGGUACUCCUAAUGACAAAGAGGACGUAGAAGUAGAAGAGGCUUUUUGA